GGAAACUGUUUGCAGAGAAGGUGGCUAGCAAAAUAUGUUGUUUAUGCAGAAAUGAAUGGCUUGAAGGAUACCAAUAUGAAAGCUACUAUCAUUGUGUCUUUCUUCGUAACUGCCUGUUGGUUUGAAAAUGGAAUACAUGCUACACAUGUAACCAGCAUCCUGGGGAACAAGAUCAAUUUAAACUGUUUCAUUAAUCAGUCCUCUAAAGAAAUUAGACUGGUCAAAUGGAGUCGAUCAACAGUGAAUGCAACCCAAGACAUUGCAUCCUACAGUGUUGAUUAUGGGUUGCAUAAAUCCUCCAAAGAUGACAGACUAACAGUUUCAUCUUGUAAUACAACUUGUCUUCAGAUACAGCCUGUAGACCUGACAGAUGAAGGAAAUUAUACAUGUGAAAUUAUAGCUUUCAGAGGAAUUUUUCGAGUCCGCUUUUCUUUGUUUGUGAUAGCUCCACCAAUUAUUUCAUUGAAUUUCAAAUCAUUACCAAAUGGCCUGAAGAAGGUUCAGUGCAUUGCUUCGAAGGGUAAACCAGCUGCAACUAUUACCUGGAAAGAGGAUACUUUUGGAAACUCCACACAGAUUUUUGUUGAUAAUGAUGAUGGUACCGUGACUGUGGAAGGUUACUACCAUACACCCAUCAACUUCACAGAACAAAAACAAACCUGCAUCAUAAACCACCCGGCAUUUAAUGCAACUCAGAACCUUACGAUUUCCAUCGCCUUGGCUACAGAAGAAAAUACCACAUUGAUGUCACUGCAAAUAAAAUUCAUUUUAAUAUGUGCUUCAGCCUUGGCUGUUGCUGGGACAGUCAUACUGGUGAUAUGGAUUGUGAAGAAAAAAGUACCAAAGCCAGAAAGAAGGAGACAAGCUGAAGAUUUUGAAGACCAAUUAUAUCAGAACCUGCAUGUGAAGAGGGGAAAUAAUGGUGUAGUGGUAGUAUCACUGAACUAGUAACCUAGAGACCCAGGCCAAUGCUCUGGGGACAUGGGUUCAAAUCCCACCACAAAUGCUGGUAGAAUUAAAGUUCAGCUAAUAAAACCUGCAAUAAUAAAGCUAAUCUCAGUAAUAGUGACCAUGAAACUAUCCUUGAUUGGUAUAAGAACCCAUCUAGUUCACUAAUGAACUUUAGGGAAGGAAAUACCCACCUCACCAUCUCAUGAAACAAUACAGAAAAACCCCAGUGUUCUACAAUAAUUUAAUCAGAUAAUAAAAGCAAAACAAAUGUGCAAGCAGUGACAGAAACCAUUUUGAUAACAGAAAAAUUAAGUGAGCCUAAGUUGUAAUCCAUGUUGUUCUGGUCUUCAAGACCCAGAGGGCUGGACUUUCCUCAAAAUUAUUUUGGGGCAAUGAUUGGCAUAAAAUGUGUUCAUACAGAACAUUGCCACAAAUUAACAGCCAUAAAUCUGAACCUGAAUUGUUCUCUUUUCAAAAGAAUCACCAGAUUCCUUAAUGGCUCAUUGGAAGUCUGCUCCACCAUUUUCUCCAAUUUCUGUCCCAAACCCACACUGGAUUAUAACCACCACAAUAUAAUUGCUGGUAGGAGCUGCAGAAAGAUACCCUUGAGGUAGAUGCCACAUUGAUGAAUCCAAUUUGUUUGCUGGCACUGAAAGCUAGUAGAGGUUCAGGCAGGACUUUUGCCACCAGCUUUACACAGGUCUGCUCAAAGAACAGCUUUCCAUUCAGGACAUUGAUAGAAUGAGGCCCAUGCCAUCACAAGAAGUGUAUAGACCUCAAUUUAUGAUUUUGGGCACCUGUGGUAAAACUUGGUGAAGCCCAGGAAUACAGUCAAGUGAGAGUUUUAUGAAAUGUUUGCUGCAAUCUGUGCAUUACUUUGAGGAUGUUGUAUGUGCCUGAAUGCCGUUGUAAUGUAAAGGUGGUCAGCAGAGCAAGGGUUAAUGUGAGACUGGAGAAUAGCACCACCCAUGGUGUGAUGUAUAGAGUCACACGAUAAUAGACUGAGAGAACCGUCUAGAGGGAGCACUCUGGAAUCAACCUAGCAGCAUGGAACAGCACCAUGCAUGACAAUAUCUGGGAUCUGUAAAUGGUUAAAGAUUAACAAUA